AUGAGCACGAGCUCUGGCAAGUCUUCGCUCAUCUCUGAGCUCGCUGCACACAACUGGCAGACGCUCGACGAGGGCUUUAUGGAGGCGCCGACGUCCAAGGCCCUCUCCCCUCAGUCGCUGACCAUGGAACUGGCUUGGGUCUCGGCUUGGUUUGACCGCCUCCUGGGCAUGAUGGAGGAGUCGCCGUCAGAGGCUGUCUUCUUUGCUGAUCGCUCGCCUUUCUCUGCUGUCUUUUACGCCGCCAAUGGUGAGCUGCUCGAGCCCGUCAUCCAGGCCGCCAUUGAGGAGCUCCGCUCGUGCGACAUCCACAUCAUGACCGUCCACAUCGAGACCGAGCCCGAGACUCUCUGGGCUCGCAUCAACGCCCGCCUGGAGAUCGAGCCCGAGCGCAAGCUCUACCGCGAGGACGACCGCUCGUGGAUGGACACCACUGUGGCGUUCUACGAGUCGCGCAAGUGGGACCUCUGCCUCGACAACACCAACACCUCGGUCUCGGACCUCCGCCUCGCCCUCCUCGACGCCAUCAAGACCGCCGUCCCGGACUUUGAGCCUGCCACAUCAAAGGCCCUCACUCCCAAGGCCUCGGACAUUGCAGAGGCCCGGCUCAUGGCCACCUCACCCGUCAAGUCAAACUAAUACGAGUCCAAUGCCCACGACCCCAUCGCGCGGUUGGACCCGCGCGCAUGCCGAUCUUCCGUAAAUGCGAACGUUACCGA